UGGCCUCGGUUGGCUUCGCGGGCAGUGACGUCAGCGGAGCUGUUCAAAGCGCGCUGGUGCUGGAAAGAAACUCAGCGUCGUCGUCAGCGGUUGCAUCGCGGGGCGGAGAGGCGGACCACGGCGAGGGAAAUCAGAUAUCCGAAAACUGGCACGGAAAUAGCGCAAAAGGAGACACUCACCUGUUAGACUGCUGAAGUGCUCUACGCUGACAAGGCCUCCCCUUUCCGUGCCUGGAAUAUUCUGGAUCCCAAGAGAAGGGUUUUUUUGUUAUCACCAUGAUCAGAUUCUUCAGGAGACUCUAGCACUCCAGACCCCCACCGAGGAGGGAAGAGGCCGGGCUAGGAACCCUGUAUAUCCCAAAUUCAAAGUUGGACAUAGUGAAGGACCCAAGAACCAUGUAGUAUACCUCUUUCCACCACAGGGGGGAGGGUUAACUUUGUAGUUCUUUUUUUUGUACAGUUUUUUUUUUUUUUUUUGGCUGGGAGUUGGUCUACAAGGUGAGCCAGAAAUGGUCUUGCACACAUCUCCCUACCCUAGUGCCUUCCUCAGCUUUCUGAGCCGUCUCUCUUGGGCCUUUGUUUUCCCUUGCUACUGGCUGUUGGACCGGUUGUUGGCCUCCUGUGUAGCAACAUCACUAGAGAAGCGUAGACGCUCCCAAGAUCCCUGCUCUUUUUUGGCACUUGGGGUCCUGAUCUCUACGCCGCUCUAUCUGGUGCUGUUGCUGGCAUCGUUACCCUUUGCUUUUAUUGGCUUCCUCUUGUGGGCCCCACUGCAAACCAUCAGGAACCCCUACAUUUACUCUCACCAGAAACCAGACAAGCAUGGUGCAGAGCAGGGAACAUCGGCUGGAACUGGGGCAGCACUUGCCGAGUGGCGUCCGCAAGGUCGCAGCUUCUGCUUCGGCAGUGCCAAUGUUUGCCUGCUGCCGGACUCACUCGCACGCUUUAACAACCUUGCGGACACUCAACGCAGAGCUCGUGAAGUGGGCAAACGGAUCCGAAAUGGUGCCAGCAGACCUCAGAUCAAGAUAUACAUUGACUCGCCCACCAAUACUUCAAUUAGUGCGGCAUCCUUCUGCAGUUUGGCCACCCAGGGCUUCCGCCGCACCUCAUCUUUGGACCAUCGCCCCGAGCCUGUAGUCACCACUGAACCUGAGUCUGAGGCCUUAACUGAGUGUCCCGUUCACCCCUCAGGAGGUACAAGCUCGGAUUGUCCCGUCCACAGCACUGGAGGUCAGAAUUCCUCAGAGUGUCCCCUCCACCCCAAUGGAGAAGAGCAUGCUUCCGAUUGUGCCGUCCACCAGUUUGCAGACCCCCACUCCUCUGGAGAGUGUCCAGUGCAUAGCAACGUCAUCCAGAACUCCGAAGACUGUCCUCUCCAUCCAGCUGGAGUGCAAAUCAGCAUCACCUCUCCAGAUUCUGAGCCACCCGAGGCUGAAAAAGGAAACCACCAGACUGGGGAUGGGGAUACGGGUAGCCUAGAAAGCCGUACGGCCUCACGGGAAUCCUUGGUUCGCUUCCACGCAGCCGAUGGAGGAAUCUCCCCCAACAAUACCCUUUCACAACACCGCACCUCAGUCUUUAAAAGGCCGAUUGGGCGCAAACGCCGUCAUGGUGAUGACGGCUUUGACCAUGAGAUCUCUGCCUUCUUCCCAGCCAACCUGGACUUCCUUUGUCUGCAGGAAGUCUUCGAAAGGCGAGCAGCAGACAGGCUCAGGAGGCAGCUGCACCGCUAUUUUCCCUUUGUGCUGAGUGAUGUGGGACGCUACGGCUGGAAAGGCUGUUGCUCCCGGUUCAAGUUCUUAAACAGCGGGCUUUUGUUGGCCAGUCGCUACCCUAUUCUGGAUGCCCAUUAUGAGUGCUUUCCUAAUGGGCGCAGCGAGGAUGCUCUGGCUGCUAAAGGAGUUCUUUUUGCCAAGGUGCAGGUGGGAAGCUCUGCUCAGGAUCAGCGGGUUGUUGGAUAUAUCGCUUGUACUCAUCUGCAUGCCAUUGAAGGUGAUUCAUCGGUGCGCUGCGAGCAGCUGGAUAUGCUCCUGGAGUGGGGAGCGGAGUUCAAGAGGGCCACCUCGAGCCCCACGGACGAGGAGAAGGUUCUGGAAGAUCAGGUGGCCUUCGAUGUCAUCCUCGGAGACCUCAACUUUGACAACUGCUCCUCAGAGGAUAAGCUGGAACAGCAGCAUGCCCUCUUCACUCAUUAUAAAGACCCCUGUCGUCUCGGUCCCGGAGAAGACAAGCCGUGGGCUUUGGGUACACUGCUGGACACGAGUGGUCUUUAUGAUGAGGAAGUCAGCUCACCAGAGAGCCUCCAAAAGGUUAUGGAGAAUGAAGAGGGGAGAAAAGAGUACUUGGUGUUCCCCGCUAGCAAGAACCAUUGUCCCAGCCAGAAGGGGCGCAAAAUCCCCCUGAAAGGCAAUGGCAGGAGAAUCGAUUACAUCCUUUAUAAAGAGGAAGGCCUGCAGCAAGACUGGAAAGUGGAUAUAGAGGAGUUCAGCUUCAUCACUCAACUCGCUGGAUUGACUGACCACCUCUCAGUGGCUGCAAGAUUGGUUGUGUCAACUGGAGAAGAGGAGACUUAGGACCCGGCCAUAAUUCAAAAAAAUCAAUGCCACGGAGAGAGGGGGGAGAGGCAAAGAGAGAGCCAGAGAAGUGAGCGAAAGGAAAAACAGCAGGAGGAGGCAUUUGUCAAGCUUCCCGACGGAUGAGGGCAGGGUGAUUGAGAGGGUUGUAAUUCAUAAAAAAAAAACGAUGGAUGACAUAGAUGGAAAACACAGACAAGAGAGGGGGGUGAAGGAAAGGAGAAAACCACCAAUCAGCUCAAAGCAGCGUGAAGGUGUGUGAUUUUGUAGACUUUGGUUCUCCAUCCACCCCUGGACUCUGCUUGUUUACAUCUGAACUGAGGAACAAAAAUGAAAGAUUUACUCACCUUUGCACUUCUGAAGCUUCUCUGGGGCCCUUAAAGGGGCGGAGGCCAUUUUCUGGUGCCAUGACCCGGGUAUUUGAAUGAAGCUGUUGCAUGGAAGAAUGCGUACAUUGACUGUUCCGGUCGUCCUGUCACACAAUAUGGACAAGGACGUGUCCGUCUGUGUGUUUGAAGUUAGUCCACUGCAAGAUCUAUCCCUCAGCGUUCUUCAAAAGACCUCAGCAAGUGUCUUUCUUUUCUAACGUCUUUCUAAGGUUUCUAUGGCCUCGCGCCAUCUUUUUAGGGAGUUUAUAUACUGAUAUACAAUACUGAUCAAGGUUGCAUUGUAUGGCCUCAUGUAACACUAAGUUAAACGAUUGAGAACAUGUUUUGUUGACUGCUGGGAUAUAAUGAUAUAGUCCUGAACUAUGGGAAAACCGAACAGCUGGUGGGGAUUUAACCCCAAACUGUUGGUAGAUGCAUGUUUCUCAGUGCACUGCCAUGUUCGCCAUGGCCUGCAUGUUUGACGUGAACCCCGAGACGUAAUUAACACAGGCUAUUUUUCACACACAAGUCCCCUCCCCUAACACUUUUCCUUCUUGCAGUAUUGCUGUGGCUCCAUCGCAGGAGAAUGAUGUCGUAGAAAGGCAUCGCAGUGUUCACUGUUUACAUAUUUGAGCCAAGAUUGUCGUCCCCUGCAAAUGUUUACACACUUAUCAGGCAACGGUACCCCAAGAACUACCCCAGGUAGACCCACCGAAGCUCGCUCUUCAUGUGUUAACACAGUUGCUUUUAUACUCUCUAAAAUUCUCUUGUUAUAAGUUGUUAUUAUUGCUAUUAUUGUUAUUAUUAUCAUUAUUCUUAUGAUUACUAUGGUUCGUAGAUUUGACAUUAUGUGCUUUUUACAAAUGACUACAUUCCCCAUGAUGCAUUUAUCUGCUUUUUGCUAUGUUAGAGGUUUACAGCAAUGUAGUGUAGAGCUCCGCCCUGUUUUGACUGACAGACUAAUUGGCCAAUCAGUAUGCCUAUAAACAGCUUCAGAAACAAAUAUCAAAUGCUGUGUUCCAUUCGGUUCUGAACGUGCAUGGGAACACAACCUAACCACCAACCAAAAAAAGCAUUCGGUUGUGUUAAGAGUUAUUCACAUUCUCUGUAGAAGUGGAAAGAUCUACUAAAAUAUAACGCAAUCUCAUGAAUGAGUAUUUCGGAGGCACAAUUUUCUGUUUCUAUUUACUGUGCUAUUUAUAUGCAAAAAUACACUUUUGCCUGCAUAUGAUGUGCAAUUGGCAGGUUUAGGGGUGCGUAUUAUAUCCAUGCCAACAAAGUGCGUAUCAUAUACAUGCAAAAACAUGCAUUAUAUGCAUUUCAAACAUGUGUAUCAUAUGCAUGCCAAAGUUGGUUUCUGCAUAAAAAUAGUAUAUAAAAUACAAGAAAAAAUUGUGCUAUUGAUGCACAUUUUCUUCGGACCAGUUUCAAAAAUACUAAAAGAAUAACAGAAAGUGUUACUUCUUCAUUGGGUUGAAAGGUUCUGUGCAUGGAGAGUAACUCUUAAAGGGACAGUUCACCCUAAAAUGAACAUUGUUGUUCAUCUUACGAACACAAAUGAAGGUAUUUUUGAUAAAAUCCAAAAUCUUUCUGACCCAGCAAAGACAGCAACGCAACUGGCAUGUUCAUCAUGUUCAUCAGUGACAGCAGUAUUUUAGCCAUAAUUUUAUGAGACUACAAGGAUUUCAACGGAGAGGAUGACUUGUAAUUUCUGAGGGUAAUUAAUCAUGAAAUUUUAAUUUUGAGUGAACUAUCCGAACUGUUAAUGACUUUUGAGUCAAUCCUUUUUUUGUCAAAAACUGGUUCUUAAAUCAGUGAGGAUUUUCUUUUUUGGUAAAUCAAAAGCGUGCAUCUUAUUGCUACUAACAGAGAGGUUUACAACAGCAUAGUUACAGCAAUGUUCCUCAUAGUUAAGGUGAUUAUUCACGACAGUGUGUAGUUAAAAUAUGUUAAGUUAAAAAUUGUUUUGUCAGCAUUUCAUUAAUAUUAACAAAUAAAAGGUGUUAUCAAAUUUUAUGCUUACUCCUAUGUUAUUUUUGUUUAAUUUACAAGGCCAAAAAAGAACUGUAAAAAGUCAUGUAAACGCAAUAUUUGUAAUAAUUUGUAAUUUUAUUGUAAAUUGUAAAAUUUAUUUAUUUUACCAAUUAUUCAAAAAAGUUUGUGGUUUGAAGCCAGUGAUAAAAACAACUCGCAUCAAAAUUUGGAUGGAGCGCAGCAUUGAUCUACUCCCACUAAUUUUAAUCUUGCUAUCAUUCUUCAAUCAGGUCGGUGUGCCAUAAUAAUUAGCCCUAUCCAGAACUACCAAUUCUAAUGCAUAUAAGGAAGCAUGGGUAUAAUUCAGAUGAUCUCUUGGUAACCUGUGUUCAUUUAAUCUGAAGUUAAACUCUUCCUAUCGUAUCCAAACUGACGUCAUUUUUCGAGGGUCAGACAGGGAGAGCUGUAGUAGAGAUGCAUGCAGUGAAAUAAUGAAGCUUCACAAUUUCUCACUCUCAUCGCUGUCCAUAAAGAUCUUACUGUUCUCUAUAUAUUGUUUUCAAGACUAUGUACUUUUUGUUGUUGUUUCUGUUUUCUUAUUUUAAAUUUCGAGGAAUGCGGCUUGCUGCGAGCUUUCAGCUGGUCAGGCUCUCAAGGGGAAAAUGGAAAGGGAAAAGCUUUCUCAGUGUCAGCUCUUUAUAAAUGCAUUUUGGUUCUGCUUUUUAUUAAAAAAAUCCCUCUUUGAUUCAAA